AUGGGCUUACUUAGAGGUCAUUCAGAACAGAAGAUCCGAGGAUCUACUGACCCACCGAUCAAAUAUGGAGGACCCUACAUGAAAGAAGAGCCGAGUGAUGCAUCAACAUGCGGACGUCCAGCAAUCACACCGAUCUCGACCGCGGGUAAAAUUAACCGUCGUCGCAAGGUUCCCUCUGUUGGCGACAAGGGCGACGAGGGCGACGUGUCAGUCAAAAUCAUCGGAGGGAGAAAGGCAUUGAAAAACAGUUGGCCUUGGAUGGCAGCCAUUACGGACUCCACCGAUUACCAGUACUGUGGAGGAACCCUGAUAUCGGAUCAGUGGGUUCUGACAGCGGCCCAUUGUGUGGCACGCAAACGUGCAAAAAAGGUAUUCGUGCGCUUGGGAGACCAUAAUCUCAAGAAAGUUGAAAGUCCUAAUUAUGCUAUCAAAGUCCAAGCCAAGGAAAUCUACAUCCACCGAAAAUAUAACAAGAGGAGUUUAUCCAAUGACGUGGCCUUAAUCAAGCUGAAGAAUCGUGUGACCUUCACUGACCAGAUUAGUCCUGUGUGUCUGCCCACAGUGAACGAGGAGUUGGCAGAUGGUCACUAUUGCGAGACCACCGGAUGGGGAUGGACAGGAGGCUUCUACAGUAAAAAGUUACGCCAGGUGAACGUCCCGUACAUCACCACGUCCUCAUGCAAAAAAACCAAUUACGGAAAAGAAAUUGAAUCGUCAAUGGUAUGUGCUGGACCACUGGAAGGAGGAAAGGACGCAUGCUACGGAGAUUCCGGUGGACCGUUGGUGUGCAAGAUUGAAAGCGGAGACACAGUAACGUGGGUACAGCACGGCAUCACUAGCUGGGGGUAUGGCUGUGCACAACCCAACUCCCCGGGGGUCUACAGCAAGGUCUCCUACUUGAUACCAUGGAUACAAUCAACCAUGGACAAAUAUUAA